AUGGCUCAAGAUCAGGAGGGCGUUUAUAAAGAUGGAAGUUUUUUUUCAUUCAAUGAUUACAGGUUGUUGGCCAGUGGUUCAGAUGAUUUACACGUCAAAAUUUGGGACCUUUGUGGAAAAGAGGUACAUAGCUUUAAUUCAGGACAUGUGAACAACAUAUUCUCUGUUCAAUUCCUCCCUAGUGGUCAGGGAAAGGUUAUUUUAAGCGCAGCAGGCGAUCGUAGCGUUCGCAUGCAUUCCUAUACCUACUCGGAGACGUCGCAUGUUUGGUAUUCUGAUGGGCGUGUUAAGCGAUUGGCUGUGACUGCUGCUGAUCCACACUUGUUUUGGUCUGCAUCAGAAGAUGGCAUUAUAAGAGAAUACGACACUCGUACUUGUGCUUCUACAGAGCUGUUAACUUUCGAAAAUAAAGAGUGCAAAUCGUUAGCUUUGAAUGAAAACAGACCAGAAAUGCUUGCUGUUGCCCUUAACGAAGCUGGAGUACCGUUGUAUGAUCGCAGAAAUGUAUCGAGACCUUUAUUAACUCUUAUCCCUGCUCAUAUACCCUUAACAGACCCGAUGCGAUCUUUUAAAUCACUUUCGGUUACUCAUGUGGGGUUCAACAAUGUCGGAAACGAGUUAAUUGUUAAUAUCGGAGGCGAACAGAUAUACAUCUUCAACGUUUUUGACAAAGUGGAGGAACCAGACGCUCUUCAAUCUUUGAAGGACAUACUCACGAAAAGCGUCCCUUCUGGGAAAAACGGGUGCUUGUGUCGAAAACCAACUGCCCGGUUUAAAAAACUCCGAGAACGAGCGAAAAUCCAUUUUGGCAACCAGGAUUACGCAGAUGCCAUUGAUGCUUACAGUACCGCAAUAGCAGAAUGCGACCGUUUAUGGAGUAAAGGUCGCGAUUCGCAGGAAAGUUGUGCCGGUGAUUUAUGUCUUUUGCUGUCAAACCGUGGUGCAAGUUAUCUUCGACGAGGAUGGGAGGGUGAUAUUUAUGCUUGCCUUUUGGACACUAUACGAGCCCUAAAAUUGGACCCUGACAAUAUCAAGGCUCAUUAUCGGAUAGUGAAGUCGUUGUAUGAACUAAAACAAUAUGAGAUGGCAGGAGAAAUGUUGCAGCUUUUCAAGGAUCGCUUUCCAAAUGAUACUUCUUGUGGUAGUUUGGAGAAGCUGUUGAACGAGAAGCGUGAGAAUUCUAUUAAAUGGGUUUCGAAUGGUACUGCAGACUAUGUGCAGCGGCUCUGUGGACACUGCAAUACUAAUACGGAUAUUAAAGAAGCGGUUUGGUUCGGAGGACGAGACGAGUAUAUCGCAGCCGGUAGUGAUUGUGGCUCGUUGUUGGUUUGGGAGAGGAAAUCUGGUGUUCUUGUAAAAGCAUACGAAGCCGAUAAAAAUAUACUAAAUUGCGUUCAACCGCAUCCUUCGUCGUGCUUGCUAGCAACUUCUGGUCUUGAGCAUGUUAUCCGUUUUUGGGACGUCUUACCUGAGGUUGGUCUUCAUAUUUUUUAUAAAAUUCACUUUACUUUUUUGAAGUUUUGCUGGGUCAAGCUACGUUAG